AUGAAGGAGCUCGGAGAAUUAAAACAUUUUCUUGGUCUUGAAGUGGAGUGGACUAAGGAUGGGAUUUUUCUAUGCCAAGAAAAAUAUGUCCAUGAUCUUCUAGAAAAAUAUGGAAUGAUCAAUUGCAAGCCUAUGUCCACUCCAGUGGAGGUUAAUGCAAGGUUAUAUUCAGUCGAAGUGUGUGUGAUUAGUCAGUUUAUGCAAAAAUCGAUGAAACGUCACCUGGAGGCAGUACAUCGGAUAUUAAGGUAUGUGAAAGGAACCAUUGACUAUGGAAUCUUGUACCGCAAUGAUAAAGAGUUUGAAGUUGUCGGAUAUUGUCAUGCUGACUAUGCUGGUGAUCUUGACAUACGUCGGUCAACUACGGGUUAUGUGUUCUGGUACUAG